AUGGUUAUUUUGGACCGUCUACCCACCAAGGAUAGAAUGCAAAGACUUGGUAUUAUCACCAACGAUCUUUGCAUGUUCUGCUCGGAAGCAACAGAAAAUAGGAACCACCUCUUUACCGAGUGUCCGAAGUCUGCUUCCAUUUGGAAAUCAAUCCUUCAACUUUCUGGUUUGAACAGACAAUUCUCGGACUGGACUAAUUUGCUGGAAUGGGCUACCUCUACAUGGAAAGGUAAAUCUCUGUUGUCUUGCAUUCUAAAGAUGUCGUGGAACGCCUUUAAUUACACCAUUUGGGAGGAACGAAAUCGUAGGAUAUUUAAAGGAAUUUGCAGAGCCGAAGCAGAUAUUAUAAAAACUAUUAAGGAGAUGUUUGCUGCUAUUUUUGGGUAA